AUGGACUUUCUCAAGUCUGCGGUCGCAUCCGCAAUCGCAAAAUCCAGCUCCUUUCCUGUGACCAUCGGCGAUAGGAUCGACAUCUCAGACUCGAUAUGGACCGUGCAUAAUGGAAUCAAAAAAGACGACAAUUCCCCGUGUUCUCUCUUCACAUUCGAUAUUAACGCGAACAAGGCCCGGCUACCACUGGCUAAGAACGCCGCUCGAAGACUGCGGACCUUACGCCAUCCUGGAGUCAUAAAAGUCUUCGAUGUCAUUGAAAAUGAAACAAACAUUUAUAUCAUCACCGAAAAAGUGUCUCCGCUGGCAUGGCAUGUGAAGCGCAAGAGUCUAAGUGAAGAAACUGUUAAAUGGGGACUCUACACCGUCGCCUCCACUCUCAAGUUUAUCAACAACGAGGCAUCCUCUGUUCAUGGUUCCAUUCGAGUCUCUUCUAUCUUCACUAGUGAAAGUGGAGAGUGGAAACUUGGUGGAUUUGAGGUUCUGAGUUCGAUGAAUGAGGAUGAUGCCAUAAUAUACACCUACGCAACCCUGGUCCCAGAUGCUAAUCGUUAUGCCCCUCCAGAGGUAGCAAAUGGCGGCUGGUCUGCUAUCAAAAAGAAUCCUCUUGGUGCUCCGGAUGCCUAUGGUUUGGGUAUACUUGUCUACGAGGCUUUCAAUGGCUCAUUCAUGGGGGCUGAUCAACUGGCUCAGGCCAAGAGUGUACCAGCAAGCAUGACUCAGUCUUAUAAACGCCUUGUUAACGCCAAUCCAAAAUUGAGACUAACCUCGGGUCAGUUCCUCGAUCAAGGAAAGAAGGCAGGUGGUUUUUUCGAGACACCUCUAAUCCACAUCACGGAAGGCGCUGACAGCCUUGGCUUGAAGAAUGAGGAGGAGAGAGAACAAUUCCUAGGUGAACUUGACAGUCUCACUGAUGAUUUCCCUGAAGACUUCUUUAGGAUGAAAAUCCUUCCGGAAUUGCUCAAAUCAGUCGAAUUCGGUGGUGGCGGUCCCAGUGUCUUUGGUGCCAUUAUGAAAAUUGGCCUUAAAAUGUCUGAUGACGAAUUCGAGGCUAAACUUGCUCCUCUCGUCAUACGUCUUUUUGCCAGUCCAGAUCGAGCAAUGAGAGUCUGUCUUCUUGAUAACCUGCCAAUCAUGGUUGAUCGAAUUCCUCAGAAGGAUAUCAAUGGUAAGAUAUGGCCGCUUAUGACCACGGGGUUCACAGAUACAGCUCCUGCUGUAAGAGAACAAACGGUCAAAGCGGUUUUAUCAGUGAUAUCUAAACUCUCCGAUCGAGUUGUCAAUGGAGAAUUGCUUCGAUUCUUGGCCAAAACUGCCAAUGACGAACAGCCUGGAAUUCGAACAAACACAACUAUUUGCCUGGGAAAGAUUGCAAAGAAUUUGGGAGUUGGUUCAAGAGCAAAGGUUCUGAUUGCUGCCUUUUCCCGUUCACUGAGAGAUCCUUUCGUUCAUGCACGUAAUGCUGCAUUACUGGCCCUCAGUGCCACUGUGGAUGUCUUCACCGAGGAAGAUUGUGCCUCCAAAGUCCUGCCUACAGUGUGUAUUGCUCUUGUGGAUAAGGAAAAGAUGGUACGAGAUCAAGCAAGCAAGUGUCUUGACAUUUAUCUUCAGAAAGUACGCAAGUAUGUUGCAAACAUGCCUGAUACUGCUCUUCCACCAGAGCCUGCUACUGGUGCUGCUGGACCGGCACCUUCUGCGAGAAUAGGGAACCAAAGUGAUAGUGGUUGGGCUGGGUGGGCAAUUUCAUCCUUCACCAACAAGGUGACUGCAGCCAGGGGUGAGAUGACACCCUCAGCAGCCACAAACGGUUCCUCCUUAUUACAGACACAAUCACUACCCGCAUCUGGCUGGACUACUCCUACUAUCAAUGUCAGUCAUGAGCAACGGCCUACAAUCUCGUCACGGCCUACCACCUCGCAGACAAUAAAAACGUUCACUUCCCAACCUGCCGAACCCGAGGACGUGUUUGAAGAUAAUGAUGACGCAGCCGAUGCAUGGGGCACUAUGGACGAUGAUGGUGACAACUUCUUUGAUGCCUCAUCAGCGACUCCAAAGAAGAGCCAGCCAAGUCCAUCUGCUCCUGUCACUGCAUUUGACGAUGGUGGUGAACCAGAUUUUGCCGGAUGGUUGGCGGCACAAUCCAAGUCGAAAACGGCCAAACCAUUGCCAAAGGGGUUAGCCAAGACUCCCGGUACAUCAGCAAGCACUUUGGGUGUAAGACCAGGCCCUUCUAGAAGUGCCUCUGCAGGCCCUCCAAGUGCUGCAAGUACAGUCAAGAAAACUACGGUCAUCCCCUCGCGGAACACAGCUGUCAAGAAAGCGGUGGAAAAAGGAGUGCCGAAACCGAAAGAACCCGAAGUCAAUGAUGAUGACUGGGGUGAUGCUUGGGAUUGA